GCAAUAACAAACACAAUACAAAUUCAAAAAAAUAUGUCUGCCAAAUUAUUGAGCAAAAGACCAGAACAAAACAAGCGAUUACCUUCGAAAUCGAAAAGCUGCACAAAAUUUGUCGAUCAGUUCUACAUACAAAUGGACGACGAUACAGCACAUCCUGCUAAGACUUCGACAUCGAAUUCGAAUAGCGAGCGCUGCUGCUGCCGACGUCCGCAGCAACGACAACAUCUGCAUAACAGUAGCUGGCGCCUGCGUAUGUUAGUUGUUCGCUAUGCGACCAUAAUUCUGAUGUCAAUGCUUUUGCUGUUAACUACGGCACAAGAUGUAAACAAUCAUCAGGCGACGCCGACUGCAACGAAAGUGGGUGGUGUGGAGAGAGGCGCAAGCAAUGCUUUUAGCACGCUUUCAUUAAGCGAAGCUGACAAUUAUAAUGUGACACACACACUUGCAAACCUGACGAACGAGCAGAGCGAGCAAAGCGAGCAAAGCGAGCUUAACGAACCGAACGAGCAGCGAGAGCUUAACGAACCGAGCGAGCUGCGAGAAUCGCAGGUGUCGAAUCGACGCAUCGUCAGUAGCAAAGCAGGACUCGAGCUGUCAGCAGCAAAUUUUGCUCUGCCAGCGGUUAGUAUGAGUCGCAACAGUUUAAUUAGCGGUGACAGUGUUCUACAACGUCAACUGCGCGAGAAGGCCAAGCAGGACAGUCUCGAAUCGAUAAAAAUUCACAUUUUAAUGCGUUUGAAUUUGAAGCGUCUGCCGAACAUAACCAAACCCAUCGCAGUGCCACAGAAUAUCUUGGAGAAUUUCUAUAAAACCUACAAUGCAUCCAUUUUAAGCACAACAAAAAAAAGGACAAUUGAUCAAACGUUACCCAACACUGAAAAUCCAACAGCAUCGCUUGAAAAUUCAUCGUCUGAAAUGCAGGCUGACGAUACGAAUGCUUUCAAGGAUUAUUUACCAUUUAUUCAAAAUUUUAAUUUCGAUGAGCAUCGAAAAUUCGACAGUGAUUAUACAUUGAAUGGAGCUGUGGAUGCUUAUGGAGAUAAUGGCGAACAGGAGAGCAUUCUUUCGCACAUCAGCAGCAUAUAUGUGUUUCCAGAACAACACAAGGAGCCACACCUGCGCCAUAAUCGCAAAUCGGAUGUGCUACGCUUUAAAAUCGAUACAGGCUACUCAGAUAUCUCAUAUGUGACGCUCCAUUUAUAUUUGCGUGGUUUCGAUUGGAUUCGCAGCCAUCAACCCAAAAUCCUUGAAGAGUUUUCCGAUGCCAAACAGAAUCAGGAUAUUAUAGUCGCAUUACAUCGGCCGAUUCGGCGCACGAAUAGCAGUAAUUAUACGCACAAGGCGAAAAUGUUUGAAUUUCGCCACAAAAUACCCUCUGGUCAGGGACAAUGGGUUAAUGUCGAUUUGAAGCCGCUUUUUGGUGCCGUCGGGCAAAUGACGGCCACAAAUCAAACACAGGAACUACUCAUCAAAGGCGUCGAUCCUUGGAUGCGACCCUUGAUUGUGACAAUGGACAACGAUGCAAGCAGUAAAAAUCCACUGACCGUUCACAUUGAAAUCGGCACGAAGAAGAAGAACCGACGGAAACGCAGCGUUUUCAUGGACUGCACGGAAAGUGAUCACGAUAUGCGCUGUUGCCGUUAUCCGCUCAAGGUGAAUUUCACCAGUUUCGGUUGGCAUUUUGUGGUGGCGCCAACAUCAUUCGAUGCCUACUUUUGCAGCGGUGAUUGUCGUGUGGGUUAUUUGGAACAAUAUCCGCAUACGCACAUAACGGCACUGACAACGUCGGCGACGCCAUGUUGUUCACCAACCAAAAUGAGUUCCUUAAGCUUAUUAUAUUUCGAUGAUAAUCACAAUCUAGUGCUGAGUGUUAUACCAAAUAUGUCCGUUGAGGGUUGCAGCUGUUCCUAAAAAAUUCAUUUUCAAAUUAUGCAUUUACCAACACACCAAACACCCGCAUAUAUAUAUAUAUAUAUAUAUAUACUUAGGUACAUUCAUACAUA